UUUAACAGGUCUAUUUAUAUUUCAGGAGCAGAACCGCUUUUGAAAAGAACAAGACUGACGUCUUUCGGAUCAAAACACACAAUGUUGGGCCAAUAAAGAAGAUCAGAAUUGAGCAUGAUAACACGGGCAUGAGCGCCAGCUGGUUCCUGGACCGGGUCAUUGUGACUGACAUGAACAGGCCACACCUCCGCUUCUUUUAUGCCUGCAAUAAUUGGCUGAGCAGAGAAGAGGGGGAUGGACUUACCGUUCGAUAUCUGCUGGGCAGCCUUAACCCCAUGGACAUUCCCAAACAGAACAAAUACAUCGCCAGCGUCUUCACUAUGGAUGCUAAAGGCAGUGGAACGGACGCUGAUGUCUAUUUAACUAUUUUUGGAGAAUUUGGUGACACAGGAGAACGUAAGCUGGUCAGCGAGGGGAAGGACAAUUUCGAGCGAGGCAACGAGGAUAAAUUCACCAUAGAGGCCCCGAAUCUUGGCAGACUCCGAAAGAUCACUAUCGGACACAACAACAAGGGGUCUUCUGCCGGAUGGGCCUGUGACAAAGUUGUGAUUGAUGACAUGGGGAAUAAAGAAGUGUACGAGUUUCCUGUCGAUGCCUGGUUUGAUAUCUCAGAAGGGGAUGGAAAAAUACAGAGAGACGUGCUUGUCGGAGCCACACAACCCAUGGCGAUUGUGUAUAACGUGCAGGUGAUGACGGGUGAUAUCCGCGGAGCAGGUACCAACUCAAAGAUUCAUCUGGUGAUGCACGGCCACAAGGGCAUUAAGAACAGCGGUAAGAUAUUCCUGGAGGGCGGCACGUUCGAGCGCGCUCAGAUCGACAUCUUUAACGUGGAGCUCCUGGAAUUGCUCAGCCCGCUCAGCAGAGUCACCAUCGGACACGACAACGCCGGGAUUAGCUGCGGCUGGUACUGUGAAAAGGUGACGGUGUACUGCCCGUUCACAGGUCUCGAGCAGGUGUUUCCCUGCGGCAGGUGGCUGGAUGAAGACGAGGGAGAUGGACUGGUGGAGCGAGAGCUUUAUGAGAUGGUCUCGCUGAGGCAGAGAAGACUGAAAAAAUUCCCCUGGUCUUUGUGGAUCUGGACAUCUGAGAUCAAAGGCGCGGGCACAGACGCGCAGGUGUUCCUGCAGGUGUACGGAGAGAAGGGCAAGAGCGAUGAGAUGAAACUCGAGAGCAAAUCGGACAGUUUUGAACAGGGACAGUGCGACAAGUUCAUCAUCGAGAUGCCUGAUAUUGGGAAGAUUCGCAAGCUGAGAAUCUGGCACGAGAAGAGGCAUCCGUUCUCUGGCUGGCAUCUUGGCAGGGUGACAGUGAUGAAGACCUUCACGAGAGAAAAAUACUCAUUUGCGUGUAACCGUUGGCUGGACAUCAAUGAAGAUGAUAAUGAGAUCAUCAGAGAACUACCGGCAACUGGAGCUCUUGUGCCAGAACCUUUACCACUUAUGAAGUAUCGUGUGACCAUUUGUACGGGGAACAUCAGUGGCAGUGGAACGGAUGCCAGUGUUUAUUUGAACAUCAUUAGUGAUUCGGGUGAUACAGGAGAACGUCUGAUGUUCAUGAGUAAAAACAACGUCAACAAGUUUGAGAAGGGAAACGCUGAUGAGUUCAUCGUAGAGGCGGUUUCACUAGGACAGAUCAGGAGGGUUCGGAUUGGCCACGACGGCCGUGGCGGAGGCUGUGGUUGGUUCUUGGAUAAAUUGAUGAUCAGAGAGGAGGGGCAACCUGAGAACACAUCCAUCGAAUUUCCAUGUUACAGAUGGUUGGAUCGUAAUGAGGACGACGGGCAGAUCGUGAGAGAGUUAGUUCCCACAGACGACGGUCAGCGUUUGUUCACUGUUAGUUAUCACAUUGCUAUAAAGACGGGCAAUAUAAACGGCGCCAGCUCGGAUUCUAAGGUGUUUGUGAAGCUGUACGGAGAGAAGGGCGACACCAACAAGAUGCUUCUGGUCGUCUCCGAUAACGACCUGGGAAACUAUUUCGAGACCGGACAAACAGACAUCUUCACCAUAGAAACAUUUGACAUCGGCAAGAUAAACAGGCUGCUGAUUGGUCACACGAACGAAGGCCUGCGAGCCGGUUGGUUCCUGGACAGCCUUCAAAUCUGGGUCCCGGUACACAGGGUUCAGUACAUGUUCCCCAGUCAUCGCUGGCUCUGUAAGGACGAGGCUGAUGGGAAGGUGGAGGUGGAAAUCUAUCCCAGCGAGACACUAGAGAUUGAGAAAUUGAUCAAUUACGAGGUUACCGUGGUGACGGGGGACGUCUGGGCCGCGGGGACAAACGCCAAUGUCUUCCUGCAGAUAUACGGCGAAGAGGGUAAAACCGAAUUAAUUCAGCUUAAAAGCCGAUCCAACAACUUUGAGAGAGGAACCACUGAGAUCUUCAAGAUCGAGGGUCUAGAUGUAGGACGUGUCUAUAAGAUCCGGAUCGGUCACGACGGGUCUGGAGUCGGACCAGGAUGGUUCCUGGAGAAAGUGGAUGUGAAGCGGUUGGUCAUGGCAAUGGUGAAACCGGAGAAGAAGGAGGACGACAAGAAAGACAAGAAGAAGAAAAAAAAGAAAAAGGAGGAGGAGGAGUCUCCGGGUGAACUGCGGGAGGUCGUUCAAUCUUACAGCUUCCCGUGUGGCCGAUGGCUCGCUCGUGGUGAGGAGGAUGGAGAGAUACUCGCGGAGCUGCGUGCCGAGGACUAUGAAGAUUUGGAAGAUAACACGUAUGAGGUCCAUGUGUUCACCGGCACUAUGCUCGGGGCCGGAACAGAUGCGGGGGUUUACAUGAACAUUUAUGGAGAAAUGGGCGACACGGGUGAACGAAAACUACGCAAGUCAAACCACCUGAACAAGUUCGAGCGCGGACAGGAGGACGUGUUCACAAUCACUGGGAUGGAUCUGGGACUGUUGAAGAAACUGAGGAUUCGUCAUGACAACAAGCAAGCGAACGCUGCCUGGUACCUCGACCGCGUCGAGAUCUUUGAUACCAAAGAGGAAACCAUGUAUUUUUUCCCCUGUCAGCGCUGGCUGGCUGUGGAUGAAGAUGACGGACAGCUGGGCCGUGAGUUAGUGCCUGUAGACGAGGCCUUCAUGAAGAGAGAUGAGGACGAUGAAGACGAGUCGUCGCCCGCUCAGCUCGGACUAGAGCAAAAAGCCAUGUCAACCACGUUUACACUGAGAGUGAAAACAGGAGAGAAGCAGUACGCUGGAACGGAUGCAAAUGUUUUCGCUGUUUUUUACGGGACCAAAGAUGAUACAGGCAUCAUCAAUCUAAAGGCGUCAAAGAAGCGCAAGAAUAAAUUUGAGGUGGGAGUGAUCGAUGAGUUCACGAUAGAGGCAGUGGACAUCGGCAAACUCAAGAGAAUCCGGAUUGGACACGACAAUUCAGGUGGUUCUCCGGGUUGGUUUCUGGACUGGGUGGAGAUCGACGCUCCGUCUCUCGGGCAGCUCUUGCGCUUUCCCUGCGGCCGUUGGUUGGAUAAAGGAGAGGACGAUGGUGCCAUUGUCAGAGACCUGUCCCCUAAUGAACUACAGACACAACUAUACACACCCUUUGUUCCCUAUGAGAUCAAAUUCUUCACCAGCGAUAUAUUUGCCGCGGGCACAGACGCAGACGUCUUCAUCGUGCUGUACGGUCAGAACGGUGUGUGUACAUCUCAGAAGUCUCUCUGUGUCACUAAGAGAGAGAGGGGAAUGUACUUUGAGCGAGGAGCGGAGGACAUGUUCAUUGUAGAGUUGGAGGAUAUUGGUGAUAUCAUUGAGAAAAUCCGUAUCGGUCAUGAUAAUCGUGGAGUGAAUCCUGGAUGGCAUUUGGACCGGGUGGAAAUUCGCAGGCUGCUCCGGAAUGGAAAGGGUUCUGAGACGGUGAUUUUCCCUUGUGAGGGCUGGCUGGCUCGAUCGGAGGAGGACGGUGAGACGAUUCGAGAGCUGGUGCCUUCUGACAUCAUCGUCGAGAAACUAUCACGAGACGGGACACUGAAAGUCAUCGAGACAGAGGUGGACGAUGCACUGGAGAUUCACACGUAUACAGUGGCAAUAACCACAGGGGACGUGUGUGGAGCGGGAACUGAUGCCAAUGUUUUCAUCACCGUGUAUGGAGACAUGGGCGACACCGGAGAACGCAAACUCAGCAAAUCAGAGAACAGCAACAAGUUCGAGAGAGGAUCGGUGGACACGUUCACUCUGGAGGCUGUGGAUCUGGGCCAGGUGUUCAAGAUCCGUAUUCGUCACGACAACAGCAUGCUCAGUGCUGAUUGGUACCUGGAGCAGGUGGAAGUGCUGGAUCAGGACACAGAGGAGGUGUUUCUGUUCUUGUGUGAGCGAUGGCUCUCUCGCAAGCGUGAGGACAGACGGAUCGACAGGGUCUUCUACGUUAAGGAUUUUGAGGAAGAGCGAGAAACUGCUUUCUGUCCCAUUAAAAACGUGACGAAUCUGGACAGCAACAUGAACAAGAAAAACAAGAAACAACAUUCAGAGGAGGAUGAAGAGGAGGAGGAGGAGCAGUCACUGAUUCCGUACCACUUCACGGUCACGACGGGUGUGGAACGGGACGCCGGGACGUCUAGCCGUGUGUAUGUCAUCAUCAUCGGGAAGAAAAACAGGAGGACGGAACGCCUCUGGCUCGACUUUGAUGGGAAGAGCGGAUUCCAGCCCGGAUCUUUGGAUUACUUCACCUGUUAUGGAGCUGAUGUUGGAGAGAUCAAGAAAGUGCAACUGGGUCAUGACGGAGCGACUCCAGAGAGCUGCUGGCUGGUGGAAGAACUGUCUGUGGAGGUCCCGACUAAAGCCGUGCGCUUUGUGUUCCGCUGUAAGAGCUGGCUGGCCAAAGACAGAGGAGAUGGACUCACCGCACGCAUGCUGAACGUGCAGGAUGCAGAAAUGAUUAACAUCUCACAGAAGGUCAUCUAUGAGGUGACUGUCCUCACAGGAGACGUCCUGCAUGCUGGAACAGACACACAGAUUUACCUCACUGCGUUUGGAGUCUACGGCACAUCGGAGGAGAUGCUGCUGCCAAAACUAGAGGACAGGUUUGAGCGAGGCCAGAAAGACGCUUUUAAUCUGGAGAUCGAGGACAUCGCUCCUCUGAGGAAAAUGAGAGUGCGUAUAGACGGUUCCGGAAGCCGACCGGACUGGUUUUUAGAGAAGAUUGAACUUCAUAACCUGCAGACGGAUGAGGUGGCGUUGUUUGUGUACGAGGAAUGGCUGUCUCGCUCGUACGGGCCCAAGCGAACGCUCAUAUGUGAGAUGCCGGCCAUUAUAAAUGAUGAAGAAAUGGUGGAGCUCACCAUCUACACGGUGUCUGUGAAGACCAGCGAUGCCACCGCGGCGGGAACUGAUGCUAAUGUGUGGAUGAUUAUUUUCGGCGAAAACGGCGACACCGGAACGCUCGCUCUGAAAGAAAGCUCAAACACAAACAAGUUUGAGCGCAAACAGACCGACACUUUCCGCUUUCCUGAUAUCCUGGGCUUGGGCGAGCUCUCGAAAGUACGCAUUUGGCACGACAACUCAGGCCCGGCUCCUGGUUGGCAUCUGGAGUAUGUGGAAGUGCAUGACGACAUCUUGGGAAAGAAGUUUCGUUUCCAGUGUGACCGCUGGCUUGCCAAGAACGAGGACGAUGGACAGAUAAUGAGAGAGCUGGCAUGUGCCAACAAUGACGCGGUGGAUUUCGAUGAAAAAACAAAAUAUGAGAUUCUGGUAACCACAGCGGAUACAGAUGACGCAGAAACCAAAGAAAACGCCUGGGUCGUUCUGGAAGGGAAAAAAGGACGUUCUAAAGAGAUUGUGUUGGAGAACGUGACAAAGAAAAAGCGUUUUUUGCGCGGCUCUACAGACCGAUAUGAGUUCUCCUCUAAGGAGCUGGGUGACAUCGCCAGUAUUUGUCUGGGACACAUCCCUAAAGAUGGAAAGAAGGUCAAAACGGAGGCCUUCUGGACUGUGGAUGAGGUCGUGGUCGUAGAAAAGGAGCUGGGCAACAAGUAUAUCUUUCACUGCGACGCCGCCAUUCCUCUGUCCUCCAAACGAGACGAGUUCCAGACCUUCGAGUGCACCAAAUUCAUCGAGAGUUUUACCAGCAAGGCCCAGAGCCUCGUGCCCGUGAAAUACGAGAUCAUCGUCAUCACGGGUGAUGAGAAAGGCGCGGGCACCGACGCCAACGUCUUCGUCACCAUCUUCGGCUCCAACGGUGAUUCUGGUCGGAGGCAGCUCUGCCAGAAGUUCCGCAACCUGUUUGAGCGCAGGAAGACCAACCGGUUUAUUCUGGAACUGCUGGACAUGGGCGACCUGCUCCGAGUGCACGUGGAGCACGAUAACACCGGACUCAGCCCCAGCUGGCUCCUGAGCAGGAUUGAGAUCACAAACACGGCCAACGGAGUGACGACCGUCUUCUUGUGUGGGAAAUGGCUGGACAAGAAAAAGUCUGAUGGGAGAACAAAGCGUGUCAUCUAUCCAAAGUAUUGAUGUUGAAUCGGACAAUCGAUUCAUGUUGCGAUCAGUAUCAGGAGAGAAUAUCUAAUGCGCAACAUGCUUAAUAUACAGUAUGUUACUUAAAGGUGACGCGUGGAUGCUAGAAACAACCAAAGGUGAUGCGUUCGACUUUCUCAACAUUGGUCCUACCAUAGAGAUGUAUACAUAGAUGUCCAACAUGACAACUCAAGCAUGUUUCUACAUUCCAUUUGGUGCCACGGGCGAAAUGACACACUUCACCUUCAAAUAUUGAAAUAGCAUGAAUAGAGAUUAAGAGAGGACAUGACGUCAUUUUGAUGUGUGGUUUGAACGGGAACCACUGAUGGUCUUCGUAGAGGCUGCUGCUUUUCUCAUGUCGUCUCAGGAACAAUGUGACUCAUGUUAGAACUGACUUACACAGUCCAUUUCUUUCUAAAAGUCAUGAAUCACAUUUCUCAAAUGUUGCAGAAUUGUUUUAAAUGAUCCCACUAUAACAUUAACCCAAAACACCCAAGAUUCAUCACAGCAGUCAGUCAGAAGAACUUUUAAAUGUAUUUAUGGCAAAGCUUCUGAGCUCUCAGGGUGCCACCGCAGACGUGCCUCAAAGUGUUUGAAUGGUUUUAUAAAUGCGUGAAUGUUUGUUAAUGUGAUUCAUUUUUACAUUAUUAUUACCUCUGUGAGGCUGAAAUCUGACACACAUUCAGGUGGGAACUUCGUGUGUGCUACAAUGUUUGUCAAGUAAAACUCAAUACUGAAUCCACGACUACUGUUCUGAUCUUGUGAAGUU